UGAAGAUGGUGUCUACAUCAGGUCGUAUAGUUGUGGUGUCGGUGCUGAUGCUGCAGCUGCUACUGAUAGCCCACUACAACAGUGACCUGAUCUCUGCCCUGGCAGCCGGACCCUCUCUCCCACGGAUCAACUCCGUUACAGAUGUCAACAGUAAUCCUUCCCUCGGUGUAGGCUGGCGUAGAGGCUCCUCGCUUGAGGAACUUUUCCGGGAGUCGCCAUCUCCGGCCCACAGGAAGGUGUGGGAGAAGAUCGUCACCAACGACAUGGAGUCCCUUGUGCCGUCCCUGGAGGAGGGGGUGAAGCGCGUCCUGCAGGAGCCAUACCUCUAUAUCUCGGCCGACAUUUCCAUCUACCACACCUUCGGCACGGACUGUCGGGUGUUCAUCUUACCUUCCUCAGAGUUCCCCAUUCAACGCUCUCUGGCGCUCAAGAAAGACUCUCCUCUCAUUCCCCUGUUUAACAGUGUGAUCCUGGAUAUGUGGGUCUUCGGCUUGAUCAACAAGUGGAAGGUGACGUGGACGCCGCCCAUAAGCGACUGUAACCAGCUGGUGGUGACCAGUGUUGACCUGAAGACUGUGGCCACUCCCUUCAUCCUCCUGGGCCUUGCUACCGCCCUCUCUCUAGCCCUCCUCCUUCUAGAGCGACGCUACUGUCCUCUCUAGCCCCUCGUUCUCCUAGAGCGACGCCACUGCCCUCUCUAGCCCCUCGUUCUCCUAGAGCGACGCUACUGUCCUCUCUAGCGCCUCGUUCUCCUAGAGCGACGCUACUGCCCCCUCUCUCCUCUUCCUAGAGUGACGCUACUGCCCUCUCUCUCCUCCUCCUAGAGUGAUGCUACUGCCCUCUCUCUCCUCCUAAAGUGACGCUACUACCCCCCCUCUCUCUAUCCUCCUCCUAGAGUGACGCUAUUGCCCUC